GACCAGAUUCAUCGUAUUCUUCAAUCUCAUCCAUCCAUCUCGUUCCCCUUCUCGGAAUAAAAUGUAGAGGCUGCCUGCCACUCAUCCUUAGCCCACCGCUUCACGCCCACCCCUUCUUCCUUUCUCUUCUCUCCUUCGUCUUCUUUCUUUCGAGUCUUUUGUUCCUGUAAAUGCGUUUUGCUGCUCUAGAUCUGCGGCUAUUUUGGUUUGAUUUUGUCUCUUUCAUUGUUUUGGUGGUGGAUCUGCUGGUGUUUUCGGUGGUUUUCUCCAGCUUCGGCUCCCCGGGGUUUCAAUCAUGCCGGCUCUCGUUAACUGCGGAGGAGAUCGAGACAUACGCCCCGGGGGGCCUUUGUACUCCAAUCUCAUGGAGUCGUCGAGCCUCUUCUUGUCGCUCACGCCCAACGUUGAUGUCUACUGCCCUCCUCGCAAGAGGUCUCGGAUCACCGCCCCUUUCAUUCUUACAGCUCCAUCUGAACCCAAGCUUGCUUUGAAGAAGCCCUGCUCCAUCGAUGUCCUCCCUGAUGAGUGCCUUUUUGAGAUCUUCAGGCGUCUCCCCGCUGACAAAGAUCGAAGCGCCUCUGCUUGUGUUUCCAAACGCUGGCUUUUCCUUCUCAGUAGCAUCCGUUCUUCUGAGAUCGCUGGUGAGGCUUGCAGCAAGGUUUCUCCUGCUCAGCAGGAUGUUUCCCUUUUGAAUUCUGUGAAGAAACCCCUGCCUGACCUCAACGGAGAGGCUACUUUGGAUGAGGAACAGGAGAUUAAGGGUGGUCAUCUCUCUAGGUGCUUGGAGGGGAAAGAGGCUACCGAUGUGAGAUUGGCUUCCAUGGCUGUUGGCUUGGUCGGCCGUGGUGGACUUGGAAAGCUUUCGAUCCGAGGGAGCAAUACAGCUCGGGGUGUUACUGAUGUUGGUCUUGCCGCUAUUGCUCAUGGCUGCCCUACCCUCACUGCUCUGUCCAUGUGGGAUGUUCCUUUUGUCACCGACGAGGGUCUUUCUGAGAUCGCUGAUGGGUGUCCUAUGUUGGAAAAACUUGAUCUUUGCCAGUGCCCUUUGAUCUCAGAUAAAGGUUUGAUUGCUGUUGCUCAGAAGUGCCACAACCUGAAAUCUUUGUCCAUCCAGUCUUGCUCCAAGGUUGGGAAUGAGGGACUUCAAGCCAUCGGCCGCAGAUGUUCUCAACUGCUAUCUAUUUCUAUUAAUGGCUGCCGUCUUGUGGGUGAUCAGGGAAUUGCAGGCUUGGUCUCUUCAGCUUCAACCACCCUCUCAAAGAUCAAGCUUCACAAUUUGACCAUUAGUGAUGUCGCUCUUGCUGUUAUUGGACACUACGGGAAGGCUGUUACUGAUUUGGUGAUUAGUGGCUUGAUGAACGUUUCUGAGAGGGGUUUUUGGGUCAUGGGUAAUGCACGGGGCAUGCAAAAUCUGAAGCACUUGACCAUCAUAUCCUGCCGGGGUGUCACUGAUCUGGGCCUGGAGGCAAUUGCCAAGGGUUCCCCAAGUCUAAAGCAGCUGUGCCUCAGGAAAUGCUUUACCUUGUCGGACAAUGGAUUGAAUGCUUUCUCUGGAGCAGCCGGGUCACUUGAGAGCCUGCAGCUGGAGGAGUGCAGCAGGGUCACCCUCUUCGGCGUGCUUGGCGUCCUUUUGAAUUGCACAUCCAAGCUUAAGACCCUUACCUUGUCAAAGUGCUUCGGAAUUAGGGAUAUCAAUGCUUUCCCUACCCAACUCCCCUGCUGCAUGUCUCUCCGAUCUCUGACAAUUCGUGACUGCCCAGGUUUCAGCAGCUCCAGCUUAGCUGUGGUUGGUAGAAUUUGCCCUAAAUUACAGCAGGUGGACCUCAGCGGUCUGGUUGCUGCAACUGAUGCUGGUCUUCUUCCACUGAUUGAUAGCUCUGAAUCUCGUCUGGUGAAGGUUAAUCUGAGUGGUUGUGUGAAUCUUACAGAUGCUGUUGUUUCUCCUCUCGUGAGGGCCCAUGGUGAAACUCUACAGCUGCUGCAUCUUGACGGGUGCAAGAAGGUCACUGAUGCCAGCCUUCUGGCAAUUGCUGAGAAUUGUUCUGUGUUGACAGAUCUUGAUAUGUCAAGCUGCUCAAUCACCGAUUAUGGUGUUGCCGCCCUUGCUUCUGCAAGGCAGUUUAAUCUGCAAGUCCUCUCCUUCUCAGGCUGUUCUAAGGUGACUCGAGGAAGCUUGCCAUUCUUGGGCAACAUGGGACGUUCUCUUCUUGGUUUAAACCUCCAGCAGUGCAACCUAAUUGGCAGCCAAGGGAUUGCUUCGCUUGAGGAGAAGCUGUGGUGGUGUGACAUCCUCUCCUAAGCUGUGAUUAGGAAGGAGAAAUAAGAAAUCACGCAGGACAUUCUUUGCCUAUAAGUCUGCGUAUGAAUGGGUCUUUUAGCUCCGGCGUGUGCACAAGUUGACAUAUGGAAAGACAACAGUAUUAGCUUCAGUGGUUGUUCUAUUUUCAGUUUUUGGCUCGUCAUGACAGUGGGCUUUCCAUUUCGGUGUGGGACUGCAUUAUUUUCCAGGGACUCUCGGCCAUUCCUUCUCAUUUUUGCAGGCAUUGAUGUCUGUUAUUGGAAUGUUUGGCUUCCGAUGAUUUUGGGAGGAUCCUCUCUCUUGGCCUUGAUCCCUGAGAUUCAGAUAUAGAUGCGGUUUCCAUCCGUGAUGGUUUUAAACCCUUUCCGGUUUAAGUGUGUUUAUUUCUUUCAGUCAGUCGUUUUUUACUGGGUCCUGGUUAUGUCUUGCUGGGGCAGCCAUGCGACGGUGAUCUCUGUUGCUGGUUAUGUUGCUCUGGUGUUUUAGCCAUGCCUCACAUUGGUCCUGCUGGGUAGUGCAUGCUUCUUCAGGUAAUGUUGCUGCUCUGGUUUGGGCUUCUUGUUGAGUCUGUUUGCUGUUUAUGGUUUGUUGUAGUGUUGUUCUAUUAUGUGUGAGGGUUGCUUUUGUAUGGUUCUGUUUGAUAUGCCUGGAAAUUCAUGGGCUUUGGUAAUGGCAGCUGAUUCUUGAGCUUUGCCAUGACAGCUUUCUUAAGCUGUUUUUUUUCACCAAGCCCUACUUUUGCAGGCUGAUGAUACUUGGGACUGUAAUCUCUGCAACCUUCUCAUGUAGUGAAUAAUGAAUUAUCUAUGUUGUUAUAUUGGAAUGUCUUCUUUUUCAGAGUUAA